AUGGACAGGAGCUGGAUCAGAAAGGGGGUUAGAAGACUCUCUACUGAACAUACAAAGGGAGUUGAAGAAUUUAUGCAGUUUGUUCACAGAAGUUUUGGCGAGGAUGCUCAAGUUCUUUGCCCGUGCCGCAGCUGUCUCAACCGCGAAGAACAAACUCUAGCAAAUGUAGAGGCUCAUCUGCUGAUGUAUGGGAUGGCAAGCACUUACGAUCGGUGGAUCCAUCAUGGAGAGCCUUUGCAUGCACCUCAACCUGAACAAGAUCAACCUGAUGGAGAGGCACACCAUGUUGAUCAUGAAGGCGAUGAUUUUGUAGAAGAUGAUCAACAUAUGGAUGAUGGUUUGGAGGAGGAAGAUGGGAAUGAGGAUGACAGAAUUCCUGACCUGUUCAGGGACUUGUACAAGUCAGAACCACAAGGUGGUGAUGGAGAUAAGACUAUCUUUGUUGAGUUGAUAGAGGAGGUGAAGCGUGCAACAAGUGAUGGUGGUACAUUUUCAAGAUUUACCUUCACCGUGAAGCUUCUCCAUGUCAAAUCUUACUACCAGAUAAGCAAUGCCGCAUUCAACGCGAUACUCCGGAUCUUAACAUUGCAAUACCCCAAAAGUUCAAUUCCCAGAAAUUAUGAUGAAGCUUUGAGCAUCAUCGGAAGAUUGGGGCUUGGAUAUGAUACAAUACAUGUGUGCCCCAAUAACCGUGUGUUGUUUUGGAAGCAAUUCGCCAAGCUUGACAACUGUCCGAAGUGCAACGCUUCUCGAUGGAAAGAUGGGAGGAGGAAGAUACCUGAGAAGGUACUGAGGCACUUCCUUUUGAUACCAAGGCUCCAGAGAAUGUUCAUUUCGGAGGAACAGUCAGAGGAGGUACAGUGGCACAAGCUAAAGCGGCAACCUGUGGAGAAUGAGCUUAGCCAUCCAGCUGACGGAGAAGCAUGGAAAGAUUUUGACAAGAAAUAUCCAAAUUUUGCAGAUGAUGCAAGGAACAUAAGGCUCGGCAUUGCCACAGAUGGGUUUAAUCCAUUUGGCAACAUGAGCAACUCAUAUAGCAUGUGGCCAGUGUUCAUCAUGCCGUACAAUCUACCGCCAUGGGCAUGCAUGGAUGAAUGCAACCUUAUGAUGGCUUUGCUUAUCCCGGGACCAGAUUCUCCAGGAAAAGAUUUUGAUGUCUUUAUGGAGCCCCUCGUCGAAGAACUCCUCCUGCUGUGGAAAGGUGUGCGUACCUAUGACGCACUGAGUCCCGACAAGUUUGAUCUGCGCGCUGCGAUCAUAUGGUGCAUACACGAUUUCCCGGCGUUGCACACUUUGUCGGGGAGGGUCACGGCAGGAACAAGAUAUGCUUCAUUGGGCACCGCCGUUGGCUUCCUCACAACCAUCGAUGGCAAAAAAGCAAAUUAUUUUAAUGGUGAGGCUGAAAGCCGUGGCAAGCCGAAGGAAUUUACUGAAACUGAACUGAAGGAGCAACUUGACAAGGUGAAAGAUGUGAGGCCAGGGAAGCUUCAGAAGAAAAGAAAGAGCGAGGAAGGUCAAUGCUGGAGCCGGAGUUCUAUUUUGUGGGACCUCCCUUAUUGGGCUCAUCUGAAGUUGAGGCAUAAUCUCGAUGUGAUGCACAUCGAGAAAAACAUAUGUGAUAACCUUAUUGGCACAUUCAUGAACAUCGAUGGGAAAUCCAAGGAUACGGUUAACUCUAGGCUCGAUUUGGAAGAUAUGGGAAUAAGAGAAGAGUUGCACCUACAACCUAUUGAAGAUGGAGAGUCGUUUGAAAUGCCAGAAGCAUGGCUUGAAAAAGAAAUCCCAAUUAUCCUUUGCAAACUUGAGCAGAUAUUUCCUCCGGCUUUCUUCACCCUGAUGGUUCAUUUGUGCGUGCACUUACCAGAAGAGGCAAAGCUUCGAGGACCUGUACAGUACGGCUGGAUGUACCCGAUCGAAAGAAGGCUCCUUAAAUGUAAGCGUUCUGUUCGAAACAUGGCUAGGCCUGAAGGAUCGAUUGCCGAGGCAUACAUUGUUGAUGAAUGCUUAACAUUCUGUUCAAGAUACUUCGAUGAUGUGGAGACGAGAUUUAAUCGGCCGGGCAGAAAUAGUGCGCGGGAUGAUUCACAUACCGGUGAUAUCUCGGUUUUCAAGCACGGUGUGAAGUUCUUUGGAGCUUGCCAAUACUUAGAGGCCGAUGGUGCUGACUAUGACAAGAUGGUUUACUAUGUGCUCAAAAGUUGCUCCGAGGUGCUACCAUAUAUCGACCUAUGCAAGGAAGAGUUGAAGGAGCAAGAUAGCCGAAUCAAUGUUGAUAGAUGGCUCGCGAAGAAUUUUGCAAAAUGGUUUCAGGAUCGUAUUGGAAAAUUGCAUUAG